CCUCCCCCCCCCUUUCUUCUCUUCUCAAAGACUUGUUCAUAUAAUCCACACACACACAAACAAACAACCUCUUACAGAGCAACCUCACUCUCUUACAAACCCUCUACCAAACGAAAAACAAACCCACACAACCUACAAUCAAGAUGAAGUUCGCCGCUACCAUCACCGCCCUCUCCGCUUUCGUCGCCUCUGCCGCCGCCCAGGGCAUCCAGAUCGCUCAACCCCCCAACUUCGUUACCUGCCAGCCGGGACGAAUCUCGUGGACCGGCGGUGAAGCUCCUUUCUUCUUGUCCAUCCUCCCCGGUGGAAACACCGCUGCCACUCCUUUGGUCGACUUGGGUCAGCAGAGCAGCAACGUCUACGUCUGGAACGCCAACGUCCAGCCCGGCCAGGACAUCACCGUCCGAAUCUCGGACUCUCAGGGAAUUGUCCAGUACUCUUCCCAGAUCCCCGUCAUUGCCGGAUCCGACACCAGCUGUGUCGGCCAGGCCAUCGCUGGUACCUCGGCCGGUUCCACCGUCGCCGUCACUAGCACUGGUACCGCCCCAGUCUCUACCGUAGCUUCCUCCGCCGCCUCGGCUGCUGCCUCUUCCGCCGCCGCUUCGUCGUCCUCGGCUGCCUCUUCCGGUGCUGGUGGUGUUGUUGGAGGUGCCACCUCUGCCAUCUCUUCCGCCGUCGCUUCCGCUUCCAGCGCCGCCUCGUCGGUCCGAUCUUCGGCCUCUUCCGUCGUCAGCAGCGUCACCGGUGCCGGUGCCACUUCCAGGCCCGCUUCCAGCACCGUUUCUCCCUCCGGCACCCAGACCAACACUGCUGCCGGUUCGACCUCCAGCCCUGCCAACGCUGCUUCUGCCCAGUCUAUCGGAGGAGCCGGUGCCAUGCUUGUCGGUGCCAUCGGUGCCGUCGUCGCCUUGUUCUAGAUGUACGGCUAAGCCAAGGAGAGUCUGGAUCUCAUGUUCGCAUGACGCGACGAGGUCUUCGGGCCGAAUCGAGCAAUGCGGGGAUGAGCUAGAUUCUCCGACGAGGUCAGGCAAGACCGGCCCUCCAUGGGUCGGGAUGGUCAGCCUUGUGCCUUGAAUGUUUCCUCAUUUCUCUUCUGUUGGCUCGUUUCCUACAUUGUUUCCUUCCUUUCUUCGUUGAGACCUCCUAUGGAACGUUUAUUUCUUACAUUAUAUUAUCGUUACCUUGGGG